AUGUCUCGUCGCCCUACCGUCCCUGAGCGGCCUUCUCGGCCCAUCGCGCUGGGGAGCUGCAUCAUCUAUGGCUGCGGAGCAGGACUGCUUGGAGUCGCCGCGCCUAGCUCGUACGUCCCUGGACAUACACUUGAGCGCCUCCUGUCGCUCCCCGCUCGACCUGAUUCAGAGCGCUUCGGGCUAAACAUGGCCAUGCAUUACGGACAGGGAGCAGCUGCGGCGAUCAUCAGAGCUCUUAUGAGCGCCAAUGGUCUUCGCGGGCCGUUUUCCGACUUUAUGUUUAUCUCUGUACGGCUUCUGAUUGAUCAGACUCUGGAGAAUAUGACCGGCGUUGGGGCGCUUCCCUGGACGUGGCCAGUUAAUGAGCAAGUCAUUGAUAUCCUCCAUAAGGCAGUCUUUGCAUUUGUGACGGGAUAUUUCACCGACAGAUGGCUUCAGUGA